GUUGUCUAGAUCAAGUUACAAUGAAGAUGAAGAUUCUCUCAUUCUCCCACAGCUCCAGAGCCAGCUCCCCUCUCCCUGGUUUUAUUGUUUUCUUCCUUAUUUGUUAUGUUCACAAGAUGGAAUCAGCAAAGUUCACAGUGAUUGGACCCCAUGACCCUGUCACGGCCAUCCUGGGUCAGGAAGCUGUGUUACCCUGUCACCUGUCCCCCCGGAUGAGCGCUGCAAACAUGGAGGUGAGAUGGUUCCGAUCUCAGUUUUUAUCCUUUGUGCACCUGUAUCGUGAUGGGAAGGAUCAGUAUGAAGGGCAGAUGCCAGAGUAUUGGGGAAGGACGGAGCUUUUGAAAGCUGGACUCACAGAUGGAAAUGUUCCCUUGAGGAUUCUCAAUAUUAGACGCUCUGAUGAAGGACAAUACCACUGUUUUGUUCAAGAUGAUAUUUUUUCUGAAGAAACCACAUUGGAACUGCGAGUAGCAGGUCUGGGCUCUGCUCCUCUCAUCUCUGUUGAGGGUCACCAGGAUGGGGGAAUCCGGGUGGUUUGUCGGUCAGCUGGUUGGUACCCAGAGCCUGAGGUGCUGUGGAAAGAUCUCAAUGGACGACAUUUACCAUCACUUUCCGAAACAAAAUCCCAAGGGGAUAACAACUUGUUUGAAACAGAAACUGUGAUCAUUGUAACAGAGCAUGCAAACCAAAACUUGUCCUGUUGCAUCAGGAACACCGUUCUCAAUCAAGAAAAGGAAUCAGCAGUUUAUAUAGCAGAUCCAUUUUUCCCGAGGGUGAAUUCCUGGAUGGUGGCUCUCAGCGUGAUCCUGGUGGUUUUGUUUGGUUUCCUUGGCCUCACUGUUUAUCUCUUUAAAAUGAAAGGGAAACUUACUGAAGAAGUUGGCAAACAAGAUCUAGAAAUUGCUCUCACUGUAGAAGAUGAUACUGUCAAUGGAGGUGGCCAUGAAGGACCCAUGCAGCCACAGCAACUGUCCAUCAGCCACUGGAAAGUAGCAGUGUCCCCAUGA